AUGUGAUCAGCUGUGUCCAAUCACAGCAUUUCUCAUGUCCUCUCGAGCUGUCACGUUGACAGCUCGAGAGGAGAGCUGGGCACUGAUGAUCAGUGUGCCCUGAUGAUCAGUGUAGCGCCAGCAGUGCCAACUGUCAGUGUCCAUCAGUGCCACCUGCCAGUGCCCAUCAGUGCCACAUCAAUGCCACAUAUCAGUGCCUACCAGUGCACAUCAAUGCCACAUAUCAGUGUCCAUCUGAGCUGCCUUUCAGCGUCACCCAUCAGUGCCAGUCAGUGCCACUUAUCAGUGCUGCCAAUCAGUGCCGCCUAUCAGUGCGCAUCAGUGCCGCCUAUC